AUGGCCCAGUCAGAGGCAAGCCAGCUCAGACUAGCGGACCGACCAACUCGAGUGGUCAGGAGAGUGUCUGACGAUCCUUUCUCAGCCAGUCGUGCUACACAACCUGAAGGGCAUGAGCCCGCUCAAACACUGUCGCCUGUCUCCGCCGAGUCAACGUCAGACAGACCGGACAUCAGCCGAAGUAACAGCGCUUUGUCGAUCACUCGCAGGUUGUACGGCUUGCCUGAUCCAGACGAGCCCAAGACGACGUCCUCUCGACCGAUCAGUCCCAUCCAAGCAGAGCCGGCAGUGGCAUUGCCACCGCCAAUCAGCUCAAGGACCAAAGGCGUGCUUGCCAGACUCGGUUCAGGUCGAUCUGCACGCCAUACUUCUGGCGUACCUUCUACCGUCUUCCAAUACGCUCGCAAACCUGUGGCCGAACAGGGCAAGGAUUUGCCAUUGGGCACGGGACAAGCUGUGCCUACUGACCUGACACCGAUACCCGCCUCGGUUCCGCCCUCUGCAAUCAGCCUAUCCUCGAGCCUUGCCCGUCCCGUCAUCUACGAUACCCCGAGAGCUUCCGACAGAACGUAUCAGAUUGCAAUUGACGAAGCUCUGACGCUGCCGGACGCGAAACCUGCCUCGCCCAUUGCUUCCAUCGCGCUUGCUAGCGAUGAUGAUCAUCGUCAAGCGAUUGCACCUGGUAGCUCAGAGCAUGGUCUUGCGCGAUCUCUUGCCAGCUGGCCAGACGAGCUGCCCCAGGCGACCGCUCACACCGACGCAACCGGCGCAAAGCGUUACAGCUUUAGCGAACCUCCACGUGCGAACAAGGCAAAGUCGUGGCUGCCGGCCUUGAGGCGGACUAGGGAUUCGGAUGACAUUGAGAAGCAAACCUCUCGCGGACCUCGUUUACGCAAUGCUCACUUGCAUCAGGGCAACAAUCUCUUCUUCUGUGGCGGAAGGCUCAUGACGUCCGACGAUUCGCCCUGGGCUUUCCUAGGCGCUAUUGCGGUCGUCAUCAUCUUGCCUGCUCUCUUCUUGAUUUUCGAAGCGUCUUGGCUCUGGAAUGACUAUGGCGUCUGGCCAGGCAGCUUCCCUUCGGGCGGCGGCAAAGCUGCGCUCAUAUUGUACGCCUAUCUCGUCCUCAUGGCAUGGGCGAGCAUGGCAAGAGCGGCCUUCAGCGAUCCUGGCAUCAUCCUGCGUAAUCUCAACGAACCAGAGGUCACUCGAAUAGCAACGGAGCCUGGUUCGAAAGAUGACAUUGGCGGCGGCUUUGCCGAACGGCCCAUACCGCGAUGGUUGCAAGUCAAAGACAGCCAAGUCAUGUCAAAAUGGUGCGAGACAUGCGGUACAUAUCGACCACCUAGAACGUCUCAUUGCCGUCUAUGUGGCAAUUGCUGCGAGCGAACAGAUCAUCAUUGCACAUUCCUCAAUAACUGCAUAGGCUAUCGCAAUUACAUGCCCUUCAUGGCAUUCCUCUGCACCGCCGUGCUCGCCUCGCUCUGGAUGUUCGCGUUCUCCGUCACACAUCUCUGGCAGCUCCACCGCGAGCAAGUGGCCAUUGCAAGCAACAGCAACUUCUUGUCGACUUGGCAAGCCAUCGGCACUUUCAUCGUCACCAUCUGGUCGUUUGGUUUUGCGGUGCCCAUCACGCUGCUUUUCUUGUACCAUCUCCGCCUCAUCUGGCUCGGCCGAACGACGAUCGAGAUGCUAAGGCGUCAGGAUACCGAUCCGUUCAGAGCGGGUUCCCGCCUUGAUAACUUCGUACAUGCCCUCUUCCGGCCCAUGACGCUGCCCUCGGCCCUCGCUGCUCAUCGCCCUGCUCAGACGGACCCGCGAGCAGAUAAUCCCGCAUUCAAGCAGAGUCAGUAG